CAAAAAGCAGAAAAAGUCACUCAGAGAGGCUGUUUCUUAUCUAGCGGAGUCACAGGAAGUAGGGGACACAGAGAGUACACUGUGGGUCAUUUUCCUUUUUUUCCGAGGACAGUCGAAUAAUACACUCCUCAGUUUACUCCCAUCAACAGCCUCCAUCACCAGAGUGAACGUCCUACGAUUUCUCCUGUGAAAGGUAGACAAAUCAGCCGCAAAAAUGGGAUGCUUUGGAUUCCUCAAAGCCAUGAUGGUGGUUUUCAAUGGCAUUAUCUUCUUGGCGGGUGCUGCCAUCCUGGGCGUUGGGAUCUGGGUGAAGGUGGACAGCGGCUCCGUCCUCAGCUUUCUGGGUCAGAUAGAAAAUGCACCUGCAGAGCUCAGUCAGUUGCUGAAUGUGGGCUACCUGCUGAUAGCAAUAGGAGCUCUGCUGCUCGUCAUCGGCUUCCUGGGCUGCUGUGGAGCCGUCAAAGAGAGCAAGUGCAUGCUGCUGCUGUUUUUCGUCAUAGUCUUGGUGGUCUUCAUAGCGGAGGUUGCGGGAGCGGUGGUGAUCUUGGUAUUCAGACCCUUGGCAGACGAGUUGUUCACCAAGUUUGGCGAAGCUGCAGUUAAGAACAUCCGUAAAGACUACGGGAAAGAUUCUGACGUCACAGGACUGUGGAACUCUACCAUGAACACGUUGCAAUGCUGUGGAUUCUACAAUUCCUCAGACUUCGUGGGCUCUCCGUAUUAUGACAAGUAUGGCCAGCUAUUCCCACCACAGUGUUGUCCAGGCCGUGUUGGUCCGUGUAACCAAACGGUAGCAGACAGUGACACGGUAUGUGCUCUAGGACAGUGCUUCGCUAACUUUUUUCAGUAAUGUACCCCC